AUGCGGACGGGGAAUCACGUGAUAGAGACGCGCGCGAAGCAGCAACAGCAGCAGAAGCAGCCCAAUCGCUCGCAGACUAAGGUCGACGGGCUAGUGGGGACAAGCAGGGCUACAGUCGCCAGGCCAGAGGAAAUUAGUAGCAGGACAGCACUUGGCGAGCUGGAGAUAGUACGCGAGGAGAAGCGGAGCCUCGAGAAGUGUCUCAAGCUCGUUGUGGAGGAGCGCGACGCGCUGCUAGAGCUAGCAGCGAGAAACGCCGCUGUUGCGAAGAGCGCCGCAGGCGCGAAGAAAGAGAAAGAUCGCGCUGCUGUAUUCGAAUCGCCGCCGUCGCCUCCGCGCGACUCAACUGCGAUCAGUGAUUUAGGCGAGUCGCUCGCUACGGCAGACCGAGCCGGCAAAAGCGGGGCGAGCGUGGAGCGCGCGUUACCGCGGCGGAGCCGUGCACUCUCCGCGGAGCGUGUCCAGCGCGGGGGGAGCGGAGAGGGGUCGUUCCGGCGGUCGGCGGAAGGCCGUCCGCAGUCGGCGGAGCGCGGCCCCCGUCGCGCGGGGAUCGCGGAUGGGGAACCUGCGGAGUGGGAGGGCAGCGGCGCAAGCGCGCUGAUAGCGCUGGCUUUGGAGAAGGAGAGAGAGAGCACGUGGGAGAUGGAGUAUCGAAGGGAAUUGCGGGGCGGGGAGGUUAUGGAAGGAGCGGAAGCUUUGCGGCGGGAACGGGGGGAGGACGACCGGGCAAAGGCGCGGGAGUGGGAGGCGAAGCGGGACUUUCUGCGGGAGGAGCGGAAGAGGCAGCUAGCGCGGGAAAUGGGGAAGAUGGGGGCGGUUGUUGCUGGGGAGAAGCGACGUAUAGAAGAAAAGCGCGCGGCUGAGAUCGGUCGUCGGGAGCAGAUUCCCCUUCAGGCGGAGGCGCGGAGGGAAUGGUCGCACGGGAAACCUACGGAGAGCGGGGAAAGGCGACGGCUUCUAGAAAAAGCCAACGCCGCGAAACGGGAGAGCGACCGGGCGGAGCGGAAAGAGAGGGAACGGACGAGGGAGAUGGAGCGGGUUGAGCAGCGGGAGAGGGAGAAGGAGCGGGCAGACGAGAGGGGGAAGGAAAUGCGACGGGAGGUGGAGCGGAGGAGGGAGCAGGAACGAGAGAGAAUGAGGCAACUGGAGCUACAGAAGGAACUGGAGGAGGAGAGGGAGCAGGAGCAGAAGCGGGAGGCGGAGAAAGAGCGGGAGUGGCGGAAGGAUAAGGCGCAGGCGGAAGCGUGGGAGAAGGAGUGCGAGCGCCUGAGCGAGGAGGUGGAGCGUCUGCACGAGGCCCUCCAGCAGGCGCGGGGCGAGCUGGCGGGAGUGCGCAGGCUCAGCGCGGGUGCGGCGCAGUCGGGGGCGGAAUCCACGGAAUCUGAAUUGGCGAAGGAGCUGGAGCAGACGAAGCUGCGGCUGGCGAAGGUGGAGGCAGAGCGCGGGCAGCUGGCGAGCGCGGUGGAGCGCAUGGUGCUGGAGAUGGCGGACGCGGUGCGGGAGCAGGAGCAGUUCCGCGAGGCGCUGCAGCACACGAGCCUGGAUACGAUGCUGCUAUCGCACGCGCUGGGGUCGGUAAAGACGCUUCAGUCGACCGUGCAUCUCAUGCAACAGCAGCUACAUCGGAGUAUUCGUUCUCUGGCUGCUGUAGUCCCCUUACCCCUAUCAGAGUCAGCUCCACCAGCGGACCAAGAUCCAUCGGCAUUGCCCAAGAGGUCCCAGAGGAGGUCCCUCAUGUCAGCAGCAUGGAAGCUACUGACACCUAGUGGAUCAAAGUAA